CAAAAUACUUGAAAUUCAACUGUUUCUUACAUAGAUUUCAACAUGUCUGGUUUUUACUCCUGAGCCAAGUCACCAGUUAAGUGACAAGCUUAUCUAGUGUUAAAGCUGAGAAGAAUGUAUGCAUUAUCAAUAUUUUCAUAAUUUGCUGCGGGCUGCAGUUUGGACACCCCUGAUUUAAUAUGGAGGAAGGAAGAGCUACUAUCAAUACUACUAGUAUUUAUUCUGUUGGCCACCCACGCUCAUAUUGCGCUGAAGGAAUUUUGCAUUAUUUGUAUUAAGUGUACCUAAUGAAGUGACACGUACAUGAACUCGAACCACCCACUCCCUCCCAUCGAUGACGUCCUGCCCCUCCUUUGGUACUCCUUCGUGAACAAGCAAAUUUGCACAACUUGAGCGUUUUCUCCACCCUGGAUAAUCGGACGCACGUCUGUGUUGGGUGGUAGAAAUGGAAACAACAACCUGUUCUCCUACAUAUGGCGCUUCAAUAGGCGUCCCAGCACCUGUUUAGUCCCUUGAGCGACCAUGGACCCGACCCAGUGGCAGUACCAGUUCCGAAUCAUCAUGCUAGGGGACUCCACGGUUGGCAAGUCGUCUCUUCUCAAGCGCUACACAGAGGACAACUUCCUGGAGGCCAUCAAUGAGACGGUGGGAGUGGACUUCUACGUGCACUUCUUAGAGGUGGAGCCAGGCGUCCGGGUCAAGAUGCAGUUCUGGGACACCGCAGGCCAGGAGCGCUUCAGGUCGGUGACCCGUUCAUACUACCGCAACUCCGUUGGAGGCCUGCUUGUGUUCGACCUGACCAAACGAGCAACGUUUGAGCACAUCCAGGACUGGCACGCCGAGGUGUGCGAGCACGUGCUGCCCCACAAGGUCCUAUUCGUACUGGUGGGCCACAAGAGUGAUGACAAGGGCAAGCGGGCUGUGAGCAGGGAUGAGGGCGAGAAGCUGGCUGAAAUCUUGGGCGUGCCGUAUAUAGAGGCCUCAGCCAAGACAGGUCACAACGUCAAGGAGACCUUUGAGCUCCUGGCUCGCCGGAUCUACCAGGGCCUGACGAGUGGGGAGCUGGAUCUGCAUGAGGGCUGGGAUGGGGUUAAGUGCGCCACGCCACUGGCUCUACAAGGACACAGGCGUAGCGUGACCCAGCCCGGCCCAGCACGCAAGAACAAAACAAAAUGCUGUGCCUAAACAUUGUCUGUCUGUUUUGUAUUUCGGUUUCAGUUGAGAUUUUGAGUGUGUUACUUACAACCAGCCAUUGCAGAAAAUCCUGCCUCACAAAGCUUGUUGUUCGAAACUAAAGCAAAGGAUAAUACAGUGCUUUUUAAGGCAAUUCGUAUAUACAGUAUUUCAUCACAAACAUAACAACUAAAUCAGUAUCAAGUAACAUAAGUAACAAUGCUUCUGUUUUUGGUUAAUAGUAAUUGCCCAAAAAGUCUCAUUGCUUUUACUUGUUGAGUUUCUCCAUUACAACUUCAAAUUGUUCCAAAAAUUCAUACGACACAGGCUGUUUUUUUAUUUUGCCUCUAAUGUUCACAAUUGCAGCAAAAAAUGUUUUUUGUUUUGACAAAUAAAGUCCCAUUCAUUUCCAGUGUCAAAACCCUUUUCAUGUUCAAAUUUCAAAAUGUUUAUCAUCCUCCAGUUAUCUUUUUUUUUCUUUACAUAAUUUACACAUAAAAAAUGUAACAAAAUAAGGGGAGGCAAAAGGUGUAUACAGUUUUUGCCCAAAAAUAUACUGUACAGUUCCAACAAAAUUACAUCUAUUUCCAAUGCCCCCAUUCAUUUCCAAUCUGGAAAAAAAUGACCCCAUAUUAACAAGACGUUAUCCGAAAAGCCCCAAAGUCUACAGAAAGUGACCCAGAAAGGCAAAAAAAAAAAUAUAUAUAUAUAUAUUAAGAAAAUGGCCAAAAAUAUGCAGAAAGUGACCCAAAAUCAACAGCAAAUGACCUGUAAGUGCCUUGAAUUUAACUAGGAAGUAAUCAAAGAUUAACUCAUUUCCCACCAUUGACAAAGAUUGACUAGCUGUCAAUGCUCAUCUCUCAGUACCAUUGAUGGCGCAAGACAUCCAAUCCAUUUUAACUGGGAGAAGUGAAUGGACUGGACAUCUAGUAGCCUGGAACUCCAGACUCACCGCUGUUCCAGCUAGAACAGCGGUGAGUCUGGAGUGACCUAAAAUUCCUCAAAAUUAAAAGAAAGUGACCCACGGGAGAGAGGGCAAAGCAUUCCCAAGCAAGUUCUCCAGAAAUUGCAUCUUCUAGUUACACCUGUAUGAUCCUGUUGGAUACCUAAAAAAGUGUCCAGUUGGCGGCCUCCAGUCUAUUUUGGAGCUUCUGCUGCAUCCCAUCUAAUUGCUCAACAUCCAAGAGUGAACAGAUUUGUUUUCACACACUCAAGGUUGCCAAUUAUUAGAAGAACGCCCCGGGAAGCCUUUGGAUAUCGGCACUGAGCAAUGUCGAGAAGUCAUCAAGGCUAUUACUGUCGCCCCCGGUGUGACAAAUGCGCCAACCGUGUCCCUGCAGCCCAUUUAUUUUGCCUCCUAAGGUAUCUUCCCUCAAGAGUUGUAUUGUUACCGCAGCGCGUGUAAGAUGUGUCCCUGUAAAUUAACGGGUAUGCUGAAUGAUUACAUGGCAUUUGAUCGCUUGACAAGUCACCGCAAACAUCAAUGAAACACAAUACUGUACAUUUGUCAAGUACUGUACUUUUACUUCCACUGUCAGGUUUUCUAGUUCUCUCAUUUGGAUGAGCACCAAGUUGUGAAUCUCAUACGAGAAAAUAUUAUAAUAUUAUAUUAUCAUUAACAUUCAUGCAUGGACAACUAGCAAAAGGAAUUGUGUGCUGAUUUGUGAGAUGUUGAUGCAUAUUUAUCUUCUCAUAAUGUCCUGUAAAUGGCCAUUGCCGGAAUAAUUACAGAUGAAAGCCCUUCUUCAUGACCUUUACUUAUUAUUAUACCCUUUAAACAAGUAGGAUUAAUUCAAUGUGGCUUUUUGUUCGAUAUCUUUGAGGGUGUUGACAGAUCUAGAGCCCUCAUGUUGGCUUUUGACAUGACAAGUUAAAUUUUCUUAACCGUUUUUUCCCCCAGUUAUCCUUUAAGAGGACAUGACUAAAUAAUUACGGUAGUUCUGGAAAGUCCUCCUUGUGGGGUUUAAAUUGAGGUAUGACAACACAGUUCAUACAGUUGGAUCAAAUGGAUAAUUUGCUGUAAAUGCAUGCUAUGUUUGACAUUGGACCUUCAUUUUAAACAGAUUACAAUAAACUGUCUAUUGUUAUUGUUAUUCAUAUACGACUGAUUAAAGCAGCGGCAGUCACAUUCGAAACAGGUGAUCGUAUUUAUUGACAUGAACAGA